ACUUCAGCCUCCUGCUCUGACGGGGACCGCGCGCAAAGGGCGUUGGUGACGGCGGGCGUGUCGCAGUUGAUUCACUAUUUCAUAAUCGCUAUUAAAGGCGGAAGUGCAGCAAUGACACAGGGCCUCAAGGAACGAUUUGACAAAUUUCUUCACGAAAAGAACGUUUUUACAGAUGUUCUGGGAAAAAUCGAGAAGAAGACUGGAGUGGGCCGGACUUACAUUGCGCUCGGUGUCAUCGGCAUCGUAGCGGUUUACUUGGUCGUUGGUUAUGGAGCAUCUCUGCUGUGCAACCUCAUCGGGUUCCUGUACCCAGCCUACAUAUCGAUUAAAGCCAUUGAAAGCGCCACCAAGGACGAUGACACCAAGUGGCUGACCUACUGGGUGGUGUACGGAGUCUUUAGUGUGGUGGAGUUCUUUGCAGACAUCGUCCUGUCUUGGUUCCCCUUCUACUACAUUGGAAAGUGCGGCUUCUUGCUGUGGUGCAUGGCUCCUACUCCUUCCAACGGCUCGGUCCAGAUCUAUAACCGCAUAAUUCGCCCAUUCUUUCUGAAGAAUGAAGCCAAGAUCGACGAUGUAGUAAAAAACCUCAAAGACAAGGCAUCGGAGGCCACGGACAAGAUAAAAGAUGAGGCCAAAAAAGCCACAGCAAACCUAAUUUUUGAGGAGAAGAAGAGCUCUUAAGACAGCUGCUGGUCUCGUUUCUGGCUUUGACUUUGUUGCAGGAGAAAACUCUUCCUCGUUCGUUUCCAGGAUAUGAUCUGUAUUAGAUGUUCCAAACGCAAGACAUGUAUCAAACAGACGGGUUCACUGCUCUCUGGAGGGCGUUGAUCAUGUGUCAGCCUUUAACUUUAACCAAUAAAUAAUAAAAUAAAAAUCUUG